AUGGCAUGCAAUGUUUUGUGCGGAUUGGUCGGUGGGGCUGGUUUAUUCUCCGGUAGGAAUUAUGGUGAUCAUUACGCCGUUUUUGAGCCUGGCACCCGUAACACUGGCACGGCCAUCGCCGGCAAGAACGUAGCGAAUCCAAUCGCAAUGCUGAACGCGGCCGUUGAUAUGCUGUAUCAUCUUGGCCACCGGUAUCACGCCGAUUGCAUCUCGGACGCAAUCCACAAGACAAUCGAUGCCGACGGUAUUCACACUCAAGAUUUGGGUGGCCAAAACAGUAGCACGGAAGUCGUGCAGAGUGUGCUGCAGCAUCUGGCCGAAAAGAGAACCUAUUGGUCACUGCUUAGAGAAUUCUAAACCAAAAAUAUAAGACGGCAAAAUUGCACUCGCUUCCAAUUCCCGUCGCUGUAAAUAUGAUUGUCCGCGCGCUUUCUGGCACCACUGUUUCGGAAAAAGCACCGUGUUGUUGCACGCAACACCCCCAAAAUUAGCAACCCCCGUUUGA